AUGAUAUUCAACCUGGCAGGCACUCCCAGAGAGCUGACCAUUUCUCUUAUAAUUUUGAUGAUUGCUUUUGUUUUUGUAAGAGCACUCAGGAGCAAGGGCAGAAAGCAGGUGUCUUCUCCUGGCCCACAGUCCUUCCCCAUCAUAGGAAAUCUUCUCCAGCUUGGAGAUCAUCCUUACCUUACAUUCAUGGAGAUGAGGAGGAAAUAUGGAGAUGUCUUUCUCCUCAAACUUGGCAUGGUGCUUGUAGUGGUGGUGAAUGGAGCGGAAAUGGUGAAGCAAGUGCUACUCAAGGAUGGAGAGCAUUUUGCAGGCAGACCUAACAUGCAUACAUUUUCUUUCCUGGCAGAAGGAAAGAGUCUUUCAUUUUCAGCAAACUGUGGAGAAAGUUGGAAGCUUCAUAAAAAAAUUGCCUCUAAUGCCUUACGAACUUUUUCUAAAGCAGAAGCAAAAUCCUCUACUUGCUCUUGCUUACUUGAGGAACACGUCACCGAGGAAGCUUCUGAGUUGGUCAAAGUCUUUGUAGACUUGACUUCCAAGAGCGGCAGCUUUGAGCCAAGAAGUACCAUCACCUGUGCGGUGGCCAACGUUGUCUGUGCCCUUUGCUUUGGCAAGAGGUAUGACCAGAGUGAUGAGGAGUUUCUUAGGGUGGUGAAAACAAAUGAUGACUUACUCAAGGCCUCUGGUGUAGCUAAUCCUGCCGAUUUCAUACCGUGUUUCCGCUACCUUCCACUGCAGAUUAUAAAUGCUCCUCGGGAGUUUUAUCAGGCCCGGAUUCAGUUUAUUGUACAACAUGUACAAGAUCAUCUUACUACAUAUGAUAAGGACCAUGUCCGAGACAUUACUGAUGCUCUGAUUAGUACAUGACACAACAAAUAUGCUGCUACCAAAACAGCCACCUUAAAUGACGACGAAAUCAUAAGCACCGUGAGUGACCUCCUUGGAGCUGGGUUUGAAGCAGUAUCAACAUGUCUGUAUUGGAGCUUUCUUUAUUUGAUACACUAUCCAGAUAUUCAAGGCAAAAUUCAAGAAGAAAUUGGUAGAAACAUUGAGCUGAGAUCACCCAAAUUUGAAGAUAGGAAAAUUUUACCCUAUACAGAAGCUUUCGUAAACGAAGUAUUCCGACCUGUCUCCUUUCUUCCUUUGACUAUUCCACAUUGUACUACAGCAGACACUACUCUGGAUGGCUAUUUUAUUCCCAGGAAAACUUGCAUCUUUAUUAACAUGUAUCAAGUAAACCAUGAUGAAACUAUUUGGGAUACUCACAACUUAUUUAGACCUGAGAGAUUGCUAAAUGAAAACAGAGAACUGAAUAAAAGUCUUGUUGAGAAAGUUUUGAUAUUUGGAAUGGGAAUCCAGAAAUGUCUGGGAGAAGAUAUUGCACGAAAUGAGAUAUUCAUUUUUAUCAUUGCUGUUCUGCAACAGCUCAAGCCGAAAAAGUGCCCCAGUGCUGAGCUUGACCUGACGCCUACGUAUGGGUUAACCAUGAAGCCAAAACCGUACCAACUCCAGGCAGAACUUCACUCCUUACAUAGUUUGUCUACUUAGAUUCUCAGACUGAGAGGAAGGUUUCUUAUUUAA